AGGCGGCCUGCCGAGGCCCUGCCCGCCGCCGGGGGGAUUCUCGGCUCGGCCGCCUGAGCCUGCCAGCUUUCCGAGGCUCGUUAGAGGGAGCUGUCGGCCGGAGGGAGCGGCGCUUGCUGCAGUGAGGGGCCCGCUCCUGCCUUGCUCGCCGCCGCCGCCGCUUCCACCACCACCAGCACCGCCGCCGCCUCCUCCUCGGGAGCCGGAAAGGGAGCGAGCGAGAGGGACCCUUCCGAGCGCCAAGAGGCGGCGGCGGGCCGUCGCGGCGUAGCCUCUUUCCGGCACGAGAGGUGGGCGAGGGCUGGCCGGGCCCUGUGGCGGCCGCCGGCCCGCCGCUAUGCAUCCCGCGAGCUCCUGGGAGCCGGCCUGGGGAAGGCAGCCGGCCGGCCGGAGGGAGCUGCAGACGGAAUAGGGAGCCGGCUCCCAGCCCGUUACUUUGGGGCCAGGCCAGCCACCUCCGUGUCCAUGAGCCCGCCGCCCUCCUGUCAGAGCUGCUGCUGCUGCCGCCGCCGCCUCCUUCACCAGCAGCCGCUGCCAACUAGGGCGCACAUUGCUGCCGCCGCCGGGCCCAGUUCGCUCGGCCCUGCCAUCUCCUUCCCUCUGCGCAGCAGAAGGAAACGACUACAGACUCCUGUGUGAAGAUAAUGGCUGUGACUUUAGAACAGGCCCGAAGGGCGGCCUAUAUAUUUCUGAAAGCACUCUUAAGAUUUGGCUUCAUGGUUGCCAAUAACCUUGUCGCUAUUCCGUCCUACAUUCUGUAUUUAAUAGUACUGCAACCUCUCCGAUUGUUGGAUAGUAAACGGUUCUGGUAUAUUGAAGGAGUAUUAUUUAAAUGGCUUUUAGCUAUGGUGGCUUCCUGGGGCUGGUGUGCAGGAUAUACAGUCAUAGAAUGGGGAGAUGAUAUUAAAACCAUCUCAGAAGAUGAAGCUGUGAUGUUGGUGAACCAUCAAGCAACAGGAGACAUUUGCACCCUAAUGAUGUGCCUUCAGGACAAAGGCACGGUUGUUCGUAAGAUGAUGUGGCUGAUGGAUUAUAUUUUUAAAUAUACAAACUUUGGAAUUGUAUCUCUAAUUCAUGGAGACUUCUUUAUAAGACAGGGAAAAGCUUAUCGUGACCAGCAGCUUUUGCUUCUCCAAGAACAUCUAGAAAAACAUUAUAGGAGCCGCGAUCGGAAGUGGAUUGUAUUGUUUCCAGAAGGUGGUUUUCUUAGAAAAAGAAGAGAGACCAGUCAGGCAUUUGCCAAGAAAAACAAUUUGCCAUUUCUUACACACGUUACACUGCCAAGACUGGGGGCCACACAAGUUAUAUUGAAAAACCUGAUAGCUCAGCAAGAAAAUGGAACUCUGGCAGGUGGCGAUGCUCCAGAAGCAGAAAGUAAAUCAAAAGGUCUUCAGUGGGUGAUAGAUACAACCAUUGCAUAUCCCAAAGCUGAACCCCUAGACAUCCAGACCUGGAUUCUUGGCUACAGGCGACCAACAAUUACACAUGUACAUUACAGGAUUUUUCCAAUUAAAGAUGUACCUGUUGAGCCUGCAGCCCUCACCAUUUGGUUAUAUCAACGGUUCAUUGAAAAGGAGGAUCUUUUGUCACACUUUUACAAAACAGGAGCGUUCCCCCCUUUGCAGGGACAGACAGAAAUUGUUUCCCGGGAGAUGACCCUUAGCAAUUUGUGGCUAAUACUCGUACAGUUGUUUGCGUUUUUGUCAGGUGGUAUGUGGUACUGCAUUCUUCAGUAUUUUUAUCAAUGCCUAUUUUAAAAGGUGAAUGAAUGGGACCUAAGAACAAGAGGAACUUGGUACUUUAUAGAGUGCAUCAUGUUAUGUUCAAAUGUGAAUAUACCAGGAUAAAGGAACAUUACUGGAUGGACUUUCUCCCCCUUCGGGAAUUUUAAACUCCGCUAGGAGAGAGAAUCAGUAACACAGCAACCUAAUGAUGUAUUUUAAGAACUGUCCAUAUUUUUAAAGGGUGUGCCUUCCUCGCACAUCCACGUCAGCAAAUUCGGUGUUUGAACAGGAGACACAAUUAUACAACCACCACAGGUGAACAUCUGCAGCAAGAUUGCUUUCACCGCAGGUAGUAUUCAGCAUUGUAGUAAAAACUCGGAAUCUUCAGCAACUUUCUCUCCAGUAGCCUGUACUGCAAGUCUUGUGGUAGAGAUCCCUCAUCUGCACAAGCUCAAGUUGUAUUGUAAUUAAUCAUGCUGGAUCUGUUUGAUGUACUCUGCAGACCUGGUUAUGGUAUUGUGACUGCCCCAUGUUACCUGUUUAGUAGAGACCUCUCUCUCUUCUUCUUCUUCUUCUGAAAAAAAAUAUCUCAGUGAGAUCUUGUAUGGGAAAGCUAGAAAAGGAAAAGCGCUCUGCAAAAGGCAUUAACUGUGUCAUGAAGUAUUGAAGAAAUUGUGCAUACCUCAUUGACUCAUCUGUUCUUACCAUGUUUUCUGUCUUCAAAUCUCUUGAGAGCAUCCUCUUGUAAAGGUACUUCACAUAUGGCACAUCACACAACCCGCUUCCCGUUUUGGUUUUACAAUGCAUUUUGUAAAUUGGGAUCUUUUUUCUUUUUUGCAAAACAAUUUUGAAAAUGCAAUGCAGUGAUAGAAAAGAGCAUAGCUUGAAAGGAAUUUAGAUGCUGUCCAUGACAGAUUGGAUUCUUGAUAGCUGUUAGCAGUUCAGAAAGGUCUGUGGAUUGCCAUCCCUGAAGUGUGUACCUGUUGCCACAGUCUAGCCCAGAUGAUAUGGGUGGGUGUUGUUUUUAAUCUUUAUAGAGGCCUUUAUUUCCAUUUGACACAACAGUACCUGGAACAUCCAUGUGAGAGUUUAUGCCAAGCGCCACAAUUCUUUGCUUAUAGGAAAAAUAAAAUAAACAGUAUGUCUAGUCACUGGGUAAAACGUUUGCUUUACCAUCCUGAACUAAUGUAAAAAUUCUCUGAACCAUGAAGAGCGUUAUGAAAUCUGCCAUCUUGCCGAAAAGUGUCACUGUCAUAGAAAGGGAAUUUUAAUUUAAGAGGCAGACUGGCACUAAAGCAGGAUUUCAGGUUAUAAUGUUACAGUUUUAUAAUGGUUUUGAAGGAAAGAUAUUUGUUACCUAUCACUCUUGGAACGUUUGGCAUCCUGUCUGUAUCACUAUAUGAAGAUAUAUUUAAAAAGAACCAUUCCUAGGAAACAGUUCCUAAUUUCCACAUACAGACGUGCAAACGAAGCUUGAAUGACAGAAUGUUGUCUUUUUAUGGACUGUAAGUUUUUCUAAGAGCCAAGCCAAGCCAACAGUAGUUGUCUGUGCUAAGUUUGAGGUAUAUAUUCUCCUGGUUCCCCCCCCCCCAAAAAAAAAUCACAUGAGAACCAAUUUUGGUGAGUAGUAUACAAAAUAAAAAUAUAAAACCACA